AUGAUCUUAAAUCAUAUUAAAAAUAGUUCAACGUGCGGUCGAAAACCGCAAACAGCUGUGAAACACACAAUCGAUCGACCAAAAACUAAAACUUGGUACAAUGAUAAUAGUAUUACUCAUCGAAAUCAUUCAUAUUCUUCACAAUCAGUCACUACCAACAAUCAAUUUAUAAAUGAAGAUAAUUCUUGGUUAAAAUUUUCAACAGCAUUGUUCGAUGAUACACCUGAAUUAGAAUUAGCAUGUGAAGAAGAAAUGCUCAGUGAAAGUCAAUUACAAAGUUAUCCAACACAAGCAUAUGAUCCAACUGCUCCACUACCAUUACCAGCUGUUCGUAAGCGUACAUCAGUAUUGAAAAAAUUAACAACACCAGAUAUUGAAAUUCUUCACGAUCCUGAUGAAGAUUUUAUACCUAGUGAAUCGGAUGACGAUGAUGAUGAAAAUUAUUUGCCAGAACAUGAUCGACGUCCAUAUAAUCGUACUAGUCAUGUCAAUGGUAGUGUUGGUCGAGGUCGCGGACGUGGUGGACGUGGUCAUCAUUUAACUUCGACAAAUAGUCGAUUACCACCUUCAACUCAUUUUGUUCGGCCACAACCUGAAAUAAAUUCUCAUGCACGUUCAAAACUUCAUUCAUCAUCUUCUAUUACGGAUAAUCAUCGUCAUCAUAAUAGAGACUCAUUUGACAUUGAACUUGAACGUAGUUAUGCUAAUGCAUUAUUACGUUAUUAUGGUACUCGUAAUGGACAAACAAUUAACUCGAGUGAUUAUGGAGAUUAUCGUAUUAAAUGUUCUAUAUGUGGCGAACAGUCAUUAAAUAAUAUGUCAUUUAUAGCACAUUUAUGUUCACAUUUUGAAGAUGAUCUUAACUAUAUAAGUCCAUUUGAUAAAAUCUAUCGUCGAUGUUCAGUAUGUCAUGAUGAAUUUUCAACACCAUUUCAAACAUUACUACACAAAGACCAAGAACAUAUGAUUGAAAUCAAUGAAUUUCGUUGUCGAAUUUGUCAACAAAAUCAUCAUAGUUUAAUAGAUCUAUUUACUCAUUUAAAUUAUACCCAUAUCGGUCUUGAUAUGCCAUAUAUAUGUGAUAGAUGUAAUUAUCGAACAUCAAUGUAUGAAGAUAUGGCUUAUCAUAUUCGACAAGUACAUAAGGGAACACAAUAUUUUUUUUGUCCAUACUGUUUUCAAUCAGUAUUAUUACCAACAAUAUCAAAUACAAAUAUUCUUAAUUCAACGCCAGCUUUUCGUCAUGUUAUACUUCAUUUUGAUAGAAUUGAAAAUAGUAAUAAUAAACAACAACGUCGUAUUGAAUCAUUAUUUAAAUUUUGUAAUCGAUGUACACUUCAUGUUAAAUCACUUAAAGAACAUUAUAAUUAUCAUCAUUCAUUGAAUAUAAAUAAUGAUGAGAAAAAAUCAUAUUCGAAUUCUGAAGAGAAUAAUUUAUUGGAAUUAAAAAGAAAUAGUUAUCAACAAAUGGAUGAUUCGUAUAAUCAUCGAUUUUAUCCGCUAAAAUUUGAUCGAACGAAACAAUUACCGAUGGCAACUAUACGACGUCGGCAAACAGCCUCAAACAAUUAUGAACAGGUUCAUAUGAAUAAUCGAUGGUAUUCUCGCCGGUGA